UUCGCACUCCGUUCUAUUGGUGGCAGUAUAGAUCCUAUGAAGCAGAAAUCAUAGACGAUGUAGACAGGAAACGAGUUUGUUGGUUGACCAGUUGCCUUUAUAACAAAUUUAACCUAAUCUAUACCAUUUAUAUGAAAGUCAAAGCACUCCGAUUUUUAAGAGAGACUGGUAUGCUAGUUGUUUGACACCACAAGAUCCAGAAUGAGACAGUGAACACAAAGACCUGCGCGAGGGUAGCAUCGAGUGAACCUGGAGUAUCAGCCCAGCUCAGGCACCUUGGCAGAAUGGAUCCAGAGAAGCACAGUCAGAGGAGGGAGUAUGAAGAACCAGAGAGGUACAGUCGGCGGAGGGAGUACGGAGGACCGAGCUCAGGACAAUGGGACGAUAGCUUUGAGAAGAGAGGCAAUGGCCAGGCUAUGCCCCGAGAGCCCUACAGUGAAUACUCCAGCAUGAGGCGAACUAGAGAAGGUGGGAAGGAGUAUGGUGCUUCCUCUGCUAUGAGCUACAUCAUGUACCCAUCAUCCAGAGACUGGAGCAAAGGCUCAUUGAGGGGUAGCAGUGGUCCCUUCUCCCCAGACACAGAUAGGGACAUUGAUGGAGAUCCUGUGGUGCUCAGUGUGGAGGACCUGGAACUCGCUCGUAAGAAGAACGAGUUGAAGGUCAUAGAGGAAAAGAUAGCUCGCAAGAAAGCUGUUCUUGCUCUGCAAAAAGUUAAACGCAGAGCUAAGGACAUGCCUGAAACACAGGCUGCAUCCGCAACAGCGAAGGGCAUGUCUAAACAGAGGAAGGUAAACGAUACAACAUUCCAAAGAUACAGUAAUGUCGCGGACCAGUCGUCACGCAUAUGCCUACCUCUUAAACGGAGGGUGCUGGACAUUCUGAGUAAGCUCAGAAGAACACCGGUACGGUACCUACUGCGUAAGGAUACCCCUGCCAAGCUGAAGAAACAAAACAAGAUGCGAGCAUUGGAGCUGAUGAUUAGCGCUCCCCUAGAAAAUGAAGAGGCCCAUCCUCUGAGACUGAGAGUGAAGGGUUUAAUGAACCAACGACGCUCUCCCAACAAUGAGGUGGUCGCUAAUGAUAAACAACAUAAUCCAACCAUUCAGAGGCCAGUUCACUCACUCAGGACACAGAAGAAAGACAUAGCAGCCACAGGCUUCCAGCGCUUCCUUAAUGUCCUCAAUGAAGGUGUGGACCUCACCAAGCUCUCAAAGAUCGUCAACGACGAAAAUGAGCAACUCAUUGUGGGCGAGGAGCUACCACAAGUUUGGCCGACUCGGCUCGAGGGUCAUGUUGACUACAGCAGUAGGUCCAAGUCUUCUCCAUUUGAGGAGAAGAAGGUGAGGCUUGAGGAUGAGCAGCGGUACGAGCGGAUGCAGACCCUGCUGGAGAUUGUUGGGCUGGACUUGGGGGUUGAGGAGUUGGGUCGGCUGACAGACAGGACCAAUGAUAGGCUAUAUGGAAAGAUGGGAGACUUGAAAAGGGACAGAGCCAGAGAAGGGGAAAGUCCUGCGAGAGAGAGAUGCAGGCAAAGAUGCUCUAGUACCAGAGACAAGGACAGAGUCAGAGAAAGAGACAGAUCUGAGAGAAACCGAAAGGGAGACGGGCACAGACACUCUAGUACCAGAGAGAGAGACAAGGACAUACCGGUAGUCAGAGAAACAAACAGAUCAGAAAGGAACAGAGAUAAAGACGGGGACGGAGGCCGAGAGAGAGACCGGGACAGAUCUAGGAGAGACGGGGGCAGAGACUUAGAGAAAAGCAGAGACGGAGGCCGAGAGAAAGACCGGGACAGAUCUGAGAGAGACAGAAAACGAGAGAUAGCCAAGGAUUUAGACAGGUGGCUGCAAAGGACCAGAGACGGAGACAAACGUUCUAGGACCAGAGACUGGGACAGAGAGAGAUCUGAGAGGGAUGGGUAUGGGGAUGAGUCCAGGGAACGCUCCAUUGAGCUCUACUCAUACUCCAUGGACUCUAUAUUCCCUGUUUCUCAUCCCCAUGCAUCUAUGAUGGCUACCUACUCCACCACCCAGUACUCUCAGUAUAUGGCAUACCACAGCAGCCCCUACACCAUGGCCUUCCCUCCAGGGUGGGGUUAUCCCACCGGUACCAUGCCCGUUGGUAUUAUGCCCCCUGGUAUCAUGCCCCCUGGUACCAUGCUUCCUGGAAUCAUGCCAGCUGGUGCCAUGCUGCCUAGUAACAAGCCCCGCCAACCUAACCCCCCUGGGUAUCCACCCUACACCAACUUCCCCCCAUAUUACUCUAAUGGUACCACAGCCUUAAACCAGACAUACACAUACACCCAGCCUGCCAGCACUCGAGCAGUCUUAAGUCAGAGAUGCACAUACAUCCAACCCACUAGAAAUCGCAGGAAAAAGACACAGAAGCAUGCCCGAGGGAAAGUGUCCUGUCAGAUGGUGACAAAGAAGUCCCCCGCGGUUUUGACCACUCAGAUAGCGACAAAGAAGUCCCCCCCCGAACCAGGGUCCAAGAUUAAAGCAAAAAGGAGAAACAAUCUAUUCUUCACAGGUAUAUUCAUGAAGAGUUAUCACAGUCAUCUAAGGAAGUUCCAGUAUUAUUUGAAACGGCUUGCGAAGAGGAGGAACAAGGUUCACCAGCGCAAAAGAAAGCGAUUGCUUGCAGAAGCAGCAGGGAAAGUGGCCCCUCACUUCCCCUUUGAACCGGAGCCCAAGAAAGACGGGGAGAAACUACAUGCUGACACUUCUGAAGAAGUGGUUCCUCAGGAAGCUGCAAAUAAUUUGGAGGCACCAUCUGAAACAGGGCCUAAGAAAGAACCAGAAGGUGAGAAACUACAUGCUGACACUUCUGAAGAAGUGGUUCCUCAGGAAGCUGCAAAUAAUUUGGAGGCACCAUCUGAAACAGGGCCUAAGAAAGAACCAGAAGGUGAGAAACUACAUGCUGACACUGCUGAAGAAGUGGUCCCUCAGGAAGCUGCAAAGAAUGUGGAGACACCAUCUGAAAUGGGGCCUAAGAAAGAACCAGAAGGUGAGAAACUACAUGCUGAUGCUGCAGAGAAAGUGGCUCCUCAGGUGACUGCAAUGGACACUGCGGCCCCCUCUGAAAUGGGCCCCAAGAAAAAAAAGUUGUAUCCAGGUAUCUUCAUGAAGAUUCUAAUGAGAAGUCUAAAGAGGCAUCAGUGCAAGAUAAAAGGGAAGAAGAAGCAUUUUGCAAAGAGGAGGAAAAAGGCUUUCCAGUACAAAGGGAAGAGACCAUUGGUAGACACUAAGAAAAAAGUGCCUCUUCUAGAGGUUGCAAUGGACUCUGGGAACCCCUCUGAACCAUGGCCCAAGAAAAAGAAAAAAAAGAAAACACUAGAGGAAAAAGGAGGUAUAUACUACCCAGGGAUAUUCAUAAGGGUACACAGAACCUAUUUAACAAGGGGGAAACUGGCAAAGGCAAAAGCAGCUGCUGAAGGCACUGAGGCCAUUUCUGAACCAGCACCCACGAUUGAAGGGGGGGAAGGAAUGACAGAAGGGGAGGAACUGCUUGCAGACACAUUAGAGAAAAGGGUUCCUCAAGUGGCUACAAAUGACUCUGGGCUUCCCCCUGAACCAGGGCCCAACAAAGAACCAGAAAGAGAGGAAGAAACUAUGUUAGAAGAGGAGAAACUGCUUGCAGAUCAUGUGGCGAAAGUGUCUGUAAAGGGCCCUCCGGUCCUCUUGGAACCAAAGGCUGAGAAAGACCGAGAAGGAGAGGACGAUGCAAUUAUAGAUGGUGAGAAACUGCUAGCAGACCCUGUGGAGAAAGUGGCUAUAACGGACCCUGGCUUGCUCUCUGAACCAGAGGCUGAGAAGGAGACAAGGGGAGAAACAACCAGUGGCAUGAUAAUUAAUGAAGGAAAAAUAAGCUUGAAGAGUUCAACCUGAAGAUGGGCACGCCUAACACGGCCUCAAAGGAUGGCUAGCUGUUAUCUUCACUUGGCAUCAUGAGCUCAUCGCACACUAGAAUUGAACCUGCUGCAUCCAGACCCUAUGGACAUCAGUUGGCUUCAUUCUUACCUAUCAACCAUUUAAUAGAUUUGUAAUCACAAAAAAAUUAUUUGUUAAAGUUUAGCCUCAUCCUUAAAUGCUUCGUAUUGAAUUUAUUUUCAGCGUAAUUUAUUGAUAUUGUGUGUGGGGUAUGGGUAGGGUCUAGCACAUUCAUAUAUGCUAAGUACCUUUAGCGCCUAUUGAUGAUAGUAUCUUCUGGCCGGGGGAGUUUAAUUAAGAGCACCGACCAUUGCACUAAAAGUUAAUACGCAUCACUUGCGUCCUGAUUUUGGAACAUAAGGAACUAUCUUUCAUAUCAGCGUUGGACAAAAAUGCACAUUUAUUGGGUUAGGGUUCCCACACGGCCAUAUUUCCAUGUUACAGUGCUUGUUUACGGAAAACGCAUGGAAGACUGAGUCGACUACCUUUGCUAAUUACCGAUCUGCAUCUCCAACACCCUGUGUGUAAACGGAAGAUGGACGCCACAAACUCGUUGUCACUGAAAGAUACUGUCGGCUGCAACUGUUAAAACCGGUUUUAUAAACUGGGUGGUUUGAGGCCUGAAUUCUGAUUGGCUGAAAGCCAUGGUAUAUCAGACCAUAUACCAUGGGUAUGACUAAACGUUUAGUUUUACUGCUCUAAUUACAUUGGUAACCAGUUUAUAAUAGCAAUAAGGCUACUCUGGGGUUUGUAAUGUGGGGCCAAUAUACCACGGCUAAGGGCUGUGUCCAGGCACUCCGUGUGGCGUCGUGCUUAAGAACAGUCCUUAGCCCUGGUAUAUUGGCCAUAUACCACAACUCCUCGGGCCUUAUUGCUUAAAUAACAGAGUAAGUGUACAUUUUGCAUAUGAAAGUAGAUGGCUUGAUGUUUCUAGAACCGUACUGCAAUUAGAUGGAGUAUUUGGCUGCCAGAGACAAUUUAGCUGUUCUAAACCAAAUAAGGGCGUGGAGUUUAUUUGGUCUGGUCAUGUGGUCAAGAAAAAUUCCUGGCCCUAGAUAUAGUACAUGUGUAUCAAUGCGAUGAAAAUGCUAUUGACGGCAUUAUGUUUGUAAGUUGUCAUGCCUGAUAGCUAAAAGUAAGAACUGCCCAUGUUUCAUUCCCCAGUGCAGUCAGCCCUCCUAUUUCUAUAGAUCUUUCACUUUGUAAAUAUGUAAUUGAAUAAAAUAUUUGGUCUAUUGUAA